AUGCCACUUUGGAAAUUAAACCUUUUCUCAUUUCAUGUUCCAUUUCCAUCCACCAAAAUUCAUCACAAAUCAAUCAACCAAGCCCUUUAAUUGCCCAAGAACCCUUAUAUAAACCCUUUCAAAUUCAAUUCUUGUACAUUUGCUUUUGCAUACUUCUGUAAUUGAAUUGAUUUUUCCAUUUCUUGCUCCUCCUCCAACUGUCCUGCUCUGAAAUGGCUGAAGAAUCACCAUUGUUGCCUUCUGAGAACUCUCCCCUAACCCUCAAACGCCGAAUCGCCGAUUGCGUUUCUUCCUUGAAACUGCCUCUUAAUCAUACUUCUUCUUUGGAACCUAAAUCUUUAAAUUCUCAAGCGGGUACUGAACCCGCCCAAGAAACUAAAAUCUCCCCAAAGAAGCCCAAGUUUUUAUCUGCUCUUACAGGUGAGAGUGAAUUUAGUGAUGAAUAUCUUGAUGGUAAAGUUGAAAUUCAAGAUGGGUUUUGUGUCAAACAGUUUGGUAAUGAAUUUGAAUUGGGGGAAAAUAUUGAGGGUCUUGAUCAAAAUGAGGCGGUAAUUGAUGACUUUCUUGAAAAUUCUUGUGUAACUGUUGGAUUGUGUGGUACUUCAAAUGAGGGUUCUGAGAAUCAAUCCUCAAAUGAUUCUGACUCUGUUGAAUUGAGUGGUUCUUCAAAUGAAGGUUUUGAGAAUCAAUCUCCAAAUGAUUCUGACUUUGUGGAAUUGGGUGGUUCUUCAAAUGAGGGUUCUGAGAAUCAAUCUUUAACUGGGUCUGAAAUUCUUGACAUGAGUUGUUCUUCAAAUGAAGGGUCUGAGAAUCAAUCUCCAAAUGAUUCUUACAUUGCUGAAUUAUGUGGUUCUUUAAAUGAAGGUUCUGAGAAUCAAUCUCCAAAUGGGUCUGCAAUUCUUGAAUUGGGUUGUAAUUCAAAGGAGUUUUCUGAGAAUCAAUCUUCCAAGGAUAGUGAAAUUGCUGAAACUGAAACACAUUUUGAGAAAAAACAUGAGAAUUUUGAUGGGUUCUUGAAAAAAUUUGAAAAGAACAAAGAUUUAACAAGUUCUUUAACUAUUGAGGUAUUUGAUGAAACUGCUGUUCUUGAUGUUGUAAAAGUUGAAAAGAAGAAAAAUAGAAGAAGGGCUAAGACAUUUAAUACAAGAAAGACUGCUUUAAUUAGUGUUUCUUCAAGAAAUGUUAAUGGGAAAUUUGUGUAUUCUAGGCAUGAAAUGGAAAGACUGAGAUAUGUGAAUAUUAGAAGUCAGAAGAAGUUUUGGCAAGAAGUUUGCAAUGGGUUUUCUGCUAUUGUGAAGAAGGAGUAUGGUGAAUUGGGUAGUUCUAAGCUUCAUAAGCAUGGAGUGUCAAUCUCUGAUAAUCAUCUAUUUGGUGGCAAGAAGAAUUAUACUAAUGGAGGAUUUUCAGGUUUUUGCUCAAAUGGCUUCAACAACAAUAACCAUGGACUUUUGGGUUUGGCUGCUCCAAAGGGAAAAUGCAAUUAUCCAACUGUUUUAAUCCCAAAACAAAAGAAGAUAACUACCUGCAUUGGUAAUGGCCGUCUAGUUGACAUCAAAUUUUGAUACUUGAUAGUGUGUAGUUCAAGUUGUAUAUACCACUGGUAUAUGGUGUAGUGUUUGGGAUUGUGUUGUACACAAAACUAAUUCUUUUGUAGAGAAUGUCUUAAUAAAAUUUGUUGAUGAUUACACGAGUAUUAAUUUCUUGGUUUCUACUAUCUUUUGUAUUUGUCACAUACGCUAUGUAAACUAUACUUUCGGUGAUUUUGAGGGUAGACUGUGAUCAACCUUUGCGAGCCCAUGAAUGGAACAACGAUAAGACUAUACUUUGAGCAAAUGGUAUCAUUUGCUGUAACCUCUGUAUCUUUAUUGAUAAUAUCGUCAAACCCUUCCUAGACUUUGAUCAUAUUUUUUUGAGUGGAAUAUAUUGGAUAUAAUGAUGAUUUAACCCAAUCGUACUUAGUAAAGUGAGUUCAAAUUAGAUUGACAAAUUAGAUCAGAAUUAUGAUUUAAAACUUAAACUAAACAAAUUGAAUUAAAAUGUUUUUUAUCGGUUAAUA